UAUAUGAAUUAAAUACCUGAAAACAAACACGUAUUUGAUAGUAAUAUAUUAUAUCAAUACAGUAAAACGCCAGCCAUUUAUAUUAUAGGUUUAGCGAUCACACGCAGAGAAACGGAUCAUACUAUCAGCUAGUAUAAAACUUGUGAGCGUGUAUACACACAGUCGCCCUUUACACACAGUAGUAAAUAUCGCGCGCUAAUAUCCGGCAUGUUUAUUCGCAGGUUAUGUUGUGAAAGAAAGACGGAUUUCUUCAUUGUUUUGGACUAAAGGAAGUUGAUUUUAUCGGAACAAAAGAGAUAUUACUCUUGUGUGAAGCAAUGGGCAGUUUGUGAGCGUGAUUCGAGGAUACAGGAGUCGUAUACGAUUAAAUAUCGUCGUGACACACAUCGCGUAAUCUAAACAAGAAUGCGAUAAAGCCAGACCCAUAAUGCAUUGCGGUGCGUUCCCGCAUGCGUGAUUUUAUUAAGUCGUGUCAAUAUCUGUAUGUAUGGGAAGUAAAAAGAACUAAAUAUAUAUCGUUGUUUAUGGUAUGGACGGUGACUAUAAUUUUGGAAAACUUGUAUAAAAUGGCUUCUUCUCGUUGGGUUGAUCAUGAAAGCGCUCGGACGUGGAUAUUAUCGAUAAUUGAUCAACUACGUCAGAGGAAAGCUAGACCUGAUUUGGAGCGUAUUUGUCAUUUUGUGGAGAGAAAACAUGGGUUAGAUCGUAAGGAUGCGGAAGCGCAUUUAGAAAAACUUGUAGACGACGGAACUGUGAUUAAAGUUGUAUAUAAACGUGGAACAAGCUACAGAAACGCCACAAAGGCCAAGAAACGAGCUUAUGUGUCAAAUGUGCUAAAUUCUAAAGGGGCUAGUCAACGAAUAAAUGAAGCGAUCAAUGCGCUCCUAGACAAAAGACGCUAUCACAGUUUGGAUACCGAAAGUACACACAGUAGCAAUGGGGGCGAAAAUGUGGACGAAAAGGAAAACGAAAGUUCUGCAAAAUGGACAGAGAAUGACGGCGUUAGCUCCACGGAUAUUGAGCUGUGGAUAGCAUCUAAACAUGGGGACAUUGGGCCCUACCCGAUUCACUGGUUGUUGCAGCGGGAGGUGGAUGCAGGAAACGUUACACUACUUAAAAACGGCAACUUCCUGCUAAGAACGGAAUCGGAUUCCCCGGACUCCCCAGAAGCUGAAGAGGACGUUACGCCGCAGCCGCCUCCCCCAGCUGUCGUGUCCAAACGGGGUCGGCCCCCUAAACGGAAACACGAUAGUAUGGUUCGCAGUCUCAGCUGGGCGGAAACCGGAAGUGGCGACGGCGGCAAGUUGACGGCGAUUUCGGUUGUGGAACCUGAGAGCGCCCCGUUACCGGAAAUGCCCCCGCAUCUGUGCGAUUUCUGCCAGCAGACGUCCGAAAACAACAAACGUGGGGAGCGGGAAGAGCUGCUCUUUUGCAAAGACUGUAACGCGAAAGCGCACCCAUCCUGUAUGAACUACUCACCGGAACUAGCGGCUCGGGCUCGGAACACUGACUGGCAGUGUAUUGACUGUAAAGUCUGCUGUCUAUGCACGGAUCCCGACGACCCGGACCUGAUGUUGUUUUGUGACGCGUGUGACAAGGGUUACCACAUGCAGUGUCACGUGCCGGAAGUCGUGGACAAGCCGCAAGGGAAGUGGGUGUGUAACGACUGUGUUAUGGACGGCGUCCAGAUCGAUGACGUCGAGGAAAAUGUCUUUACAAGCGUCGUGGAUAGCACCAUGAAAACAGACUCCGAAUCUCUCGCAAGUGCACGGAACGGAGAUCGGGCAUCUGAGGAAGCGGAAGAGGCGUACCCUGACGCAGCCAGCUGGGAUACUGAUGACGUAGCCAGGUUCUUCCGGGGAAAGGGAUUUCCCGACCAGGCCGAUUCGUUCAAAGAACAGGAGAUUGACGGUCAAUCACUGCUGCUGCUCAAGAGAUCUGACGUUCUUCAAGGGCUGUCACUCAAACUUGGCCCCGCCCUCAAGAUCUACAAACACGUGAUGAAACUCCAGACCACGGGAAUCUCGAACACGUGACCCACCUAGUAGUCACAUGACUUUAAACUGUUCGCUGAUGAAUGAACAAAAUAGUUUUGAACUAAUCAGACAUUGAAACAUUUGAUAUUCCGGUGAAGAACUUUACAUGGUUCUCAUUGCCUUGCGAGUGUUUGAUUUGGAUGUAAGGAUGUUCAAAUCAUAACGAAGGGCAGUACAGCAGAGAUUGCUGUAAUCUUACCUACGGUGGGUAGGAAUGUUUGCUACUAACGUUUCCGAUGUUGGUUCCCGCCGUACGUGCAGUGAAAGCACGAUGUAAAUAAGAACGUUUGCAAACGUUAGCUAACAUAAGCGACAGUCAACCUUAAAACUUAACACAUGGCAGAUUAAGUUAAGCAAGUCGUGAGAACUGACGACACAUUGCAUAUCAAUUACGAUUCCACCGUUUAAGAUCGGCACAAAUUUUGUCCUAUUUGUAUAAUGUUGUCAAUCAGGUUGUAUAGCUAUCACUUCGCGUGUAUACCUUAAUUUAAGGCAGCCAAGCGCAAAUGCUUCUUUGAUCCUAGUAAAAUACAAAAUGGUGAUACACUUCUUUUUCUGCACAUGUUUUUACAUAAACCGUGCUAAAAAUAAAGGCGCACGAUAUAGCUUAAUUCUUAUAGUUUUAUUUUAAUGCAUUUUCAUGUUUAACGCAUUUGACUUUAAUGAGCAGAGCAAAUGAAACUGUGAUUUGUGUAUAGAUAGAAAAACAUUAACGAUAUAUUGGCGCUUGUCUUAAAUGGGGAAUGGCAGGCCACGUACCUAUCAAUAUAAAAAUAUAUAUAUAAAAAGGCUUACAAUUAUGCCUUUAUAUGUAAAUUACAUUAAAAUUUAUUUGACACAGAAAUAGAAAGCCCACAUUUCUUAACUUGUUGUAUAAGUGAAGUUUCUCCGAUUUCGAAUUUGAUAUUUGUAUUGCUUUUAUACUUUAUACAUUUUCGUCGAAUAGAUAACUUUUUUUAAAAUGAACCUGGCUGCCUUUAAAAAACGUUAGUCCAAUCUAAGACAAAACUUACUGAUGACCAUUAUUAUUGUCACAUAUGCAAAUAUUAAAGUGUGUAUGUGUGUGUAUGUGUUUUUUUGAAAAGCAACACAUCAGUUGUGCUGAUGAAAGUUUAGCAUGUUUUGACAUACAGUGGAACACCGUUGGCUCGAACUCACAGGGACCGGCGAAAAUACAUCGAGGCUCGGAAAAUCGAGCCAAUCGGGAUUGAUAACCUUAAGUAUAAAGAAAUCGGCCCUUUACAUCCAAUUCCAGCCACCGACAUAAUCGAGCCAAGCGAUUUCGAGCCAACGGGGUUUGUCUGUAUUUGUAUUCCAUGAUUGUCUAUGCAUAUUCAUGAAUUUAAUAUUGUUAUACGAGAUUCCGUUUACUUGUAUCUUGUUUUUCUGCUCAAGUUAAUAAAACGUUUUUGUUUAA